CAAUAUUAUUGUCACCGUUGUCACAAAAAACAAACAACACGAAAUCGCGAAAUCAAAAGAAGAAAACUAGAGAAAAAUCUGUGUCAUAAACUGUUGAGUUGAUUAUUUACUUUAGGCUUAAUACUUUAUUAAAUGCCAUUCACAAUGCAUUGAAAUGAGCUCAUUAGAUGACUCAAAUAGUUCUCUUUGCCGAAUUUGUUUGGAUGAAGGUGCAACACUUGCAAUAUUUAAUUCUGAAGGAAACGAAGGCAGUAUUUAUAGUAAAAUAACUAAAUGUGUCAAUUUAAAGGUAGAAGAUGUGGAUGGAUAUCCUCGAUUUAUUUGUGAAAAGUGCAAAAACACGUUGGAAACUGUGUGCAACUUUAUAGACACAUUUAUAGAGUCGUCUAAAAUUAUAGAAGCUGGAUUGUUGAAAAGUAUUAAACAUGAAAUUGUUACACAAUUUGAAUUAUACAGUGAUUUUGAUUAUUCUGAUGUAGAUGUCAAACUCAAAGAGGAGACAAAUUUUAAAGACACUGAACUUGAAUCAAAGUUAGUGGAACCAUUGGUUUUAAGAAUAAAGAGAGAAAGUUGUGUGACUAAAAAAAACCUUAAAAAUAAAAAUGGUAAAAGUAGACCUAAAAAUAAAACAAAUAGAAUUGGAUCCUCUAUGCUAGAAGGAGAAUUUAAAUGGGAUGGUGAAAACUGGAGCUUACAUUCAAACCACACAACAUUGAAGACACCUUUAAAAAGGGCAACAAAAUUCCCAUCUAAGCCGAAAAAAAAAGAAAAAAAAGUGAAGGUCCCAAAACCCAAGCCAGAACUAUCAAAGCUAUGUGAUAUUUGUGGAGAAAUAUUUGAGAAUCCAAAUCAAGUAACAUGUCAUAAACGCAAAAAACAUGAAACACAGUCUGUGCAAUGUCCAAAAUGCCCAAGAAAAUGUGUAUCAAAGUAUUAUCUCAACCGUCAUCUGAAAAGAAAACAUGAGAGCACUAGAGAUUUUAUUUGCUCACUGUGUGGCAAACAAUUUGUCUUUAAAGCAGAACUUUCAGGUCAUCAUAAAUCUGUUCAUGAAAAACAUUUAAAACCAAAAAAAAAUUUUAAAUGCAAAAUUUGUGAUAAGACUUUCAAAUGUCAAAAAUCUGUAGUAGUUCAUGAAAGAUCAGUCCACACAGGUGAAAGACCAGCAGUAUGCUCUGUUUGUCAAUCUACUUUUUAUCAUGAAGAAUAUUUGAGGGAACACAUGAGGCUUCACACUGGUGAAACUCCAUUCAAAUGCCCAAUAUGUGGACGAGGAUAUGCACAAAGUGGCAAUAUGAAGAGUCACCUCCGAAAUCACAGGGUCGCUGAUAUACCUCCAGAUGUCCUCAGUAAAAUAAGACCAAGUUAUAUAAAGUUUUUAAAAGACUAUCGGUAGAUUUUUUUUCAAUUAAAAUAAUAAACAAAAUUUAGGACUUGAGAUAUUUUGAUCUCAUUGUCUAAAUUUUGUUAAAAAAGUUUCUGACAUAAUUUCUAAUUUUUGUGUCAAAAACUGAGGAUGAUAUAAUACAAAUUGAUUUUAUUGAUUUAUAAGUUUAAUGAUACUUGUACUAUAGAAAUGCUACAAUUUAGGUGGCAAUUAAAAACAAGCAAUACCAUCUGUUUCUACAGAUCUGUUUUGUUAUUUAUGAAUACCUGUUAAAGACAUAAUUUUUAUUGGUUUUAAUGUAGAUUGUCAGGUGCUUAGACAAGUUGAAUGGUUGGACCAAAGUGUGUGUAUUUUUGUUAAUGUAAUUGAUGUUAGUUUUCUUUUUUUUUUCUUUAAGUUAAUAUCUAUAUGUCAUUAGUAUAUCUAUUUUUUUAUAAAUUAUCUUGUUUCAAAUGAUAGUGCAAUACCACUUCAAUACAAAUAGUAAUUAUUAUAUCAUUUAUAUCAAUGUUAGCUUAGUAAUUAAGAAUAUGUUAUGUUUUGAUUCUAAUAGUUUAUGUAAAAAAAAGAAAACUUAUUUGUAUGUACAUCGAAUUUGUUACAAACUUGCAGUUAAGUUGUAAUUGAUAAGUCAGAUGCUACUUCACACUGGGGCUACCAGUGUAUCUAAUUUUUUAGCAUUUUAGUGGAAAAAAGAAAGAAAACAUAAAAGAGAUAGAAAAACAUAUAUAAUAUUCUUUGGCUCAGUGUGCAUUUAAAACAGCACACCGAGUUAUCCUACAGGAACCUUUAUGACGCGAUAAUAGCGGCGAAUUGCAAUUAAUUUGGGUAGGUUGAUGUGCUGUUGACUGUACUAUGUAGGAAAAUAUAUUUUAAUUUUGCCCUUGACCUUACUGUUACUACCUUUUUAGUAAGAGAAUGGUGUAUGAAGAAAUUACACAAUUUAUUCUUACAUCAUAACGAAAAGUUGUCAAAUUAAUAUAAAUAAGACUGCUGUCCACUUGGCUCCAUUGAUGUACAAUAUAUUUAUCAUUACUGAUUUAGAUAACAAUUUUCAAUAAACUCUGAAGUACCUA